CUUUGCAGCCAUUCAUUCUUCUUCGACAUCAUGGCCUCGUUGCGCGUCGAGUACGAGCUGGAAGGCCCAGCGGCGGCAGGAGGAUCAGCGGCCGCAGCAGUUGUGUCGCUUGAGCAGCAAAUCCUCGGCAUGUUGCGCACACUCGACGGCAGCAAGAUUACAAUGACCGAUCUCAAUGCAAAUCGAUCUCCGGCAGAGAAGCAGACCAUUGCUGCAGCCAUCAACAAGCUGCUGAGCUCGGGUCUGGUGGAGAUGAUCAACAAUGGCAAUGCAGUGAGGCUUAUUGCGUCAGCCAGCAAGCUCGCAGGCAUGGACGCAGACGAACGACUCAUCUACCAGACAAUCGAGUCAGUCAAGAACAGAGGUAUCUGGACUCGUGAUUUGCGGCACAAGACAAACAUUGGCAUUGGUCAACUCAACAAGACACUCAAAAAGUUCGAGACGGCCAAGCUCAUCAAGGCAGUCAAAUCGGUGGCGGCCUCCAAAAAGAAGGUGUACAUGCUCUAUGAUUUGGAACCCGACAAGACCUUGAGCGGAGGCGCCUGGUACAGCGAACAAGAGUUUGACAGCGAGUUUGCGCAGCAAAUCCAACACGCUGUGCUGCGAUACCUCAAAUCCCGAUACGAAUCGUGUAGCGCGGAACGCAAGUACAUUGACAGCUUUGUUUCCUGCGAGGAAGUCACCCAACACAUUGCCGACAUCAAGCUGGCGACCAUCGCUCUAAGUUUUCAAGAAAUUCACGAGGUGCUCAUUUCGCUCGUGUACGGCGGCGCUCUAAUUGUCAAGAGCCAUCCGCUGCCGUUCACGCGCUAUGACAAUGCACCAGAUCCAGAUGCGCACUACCUCUCAUACUUUGUCAUGCAGCAAGAAGAUGUCGAUCCCGGGCUCCAGCUCUUUGCGUGGAAGGAGCUUCGCUUGCCCCCAACUCCCAUGGCGACAGUGCCUUGCGGUGUUUGCCCAGUGUUUCAAUUAUGCGAAGACGGCGGUAUCAUCUCCCCAGAGACGUGUCAGUACAUGGAUGAAUGGUUUGCUACGCGACGCCAAGGGCCCUCGUCCACAAUGCAAGCCAUGCAGUUCUAGAUGCAACGAAAUACACUAGCAGCUUGGUAGUUUUUGAUUCCAUUCUACAAGACGGAUUGCUUUCGUC